GAGGGGGCGGUCCCGGCGCUGUCCCUGAGUGACUGAGUGACUGAGAGCGGCGCCAUGAGCAGCUCCGGCCGCCGCCGCCGGUACCCGCAGCUGCCGGUCUGGGUGGUGGAGGACCAUCACCAUGUUCUGCCAUACAUCUACCGUGCCAUUGGUUCAAAGCAUUUGCCAGUCAAAAAUCUCGCCUUGGUUCAUCUGGAUUCUCACCCAGAUCUUCUCAUCCCCAUCGACAUGCCUGCUGACAACGUGUUUGACAAGGAGUCACUCUUCGGAGAUUUAAGCAUUGAGAAUUGGAUAAUGCCCAUGGUUUACGCUGGCCAUUUCUCUCAUGUUGCUUGGCUUCAUCCGUUUUGGGCUGAACAGAUCACAGCAGGAAAGCACAGCUUCUUUGUUGGCAGAGAUUCUUCAACUAAAACAAUCAGGGUUACCAGCACAGAGAGCUACUUCCUUAGUGAUGGCCUGUAUGUAUCUGAGAACUUGCUAGAGAACAGGAAGCCAUUGGAAUUGCAGGUCAUUAGAGUAAUGGCCACAGAGCAAAGGCACCAAGACUGUGAGGAGGAGAACGAAGAAACCUCAGCAAAGAAAAUAAAGAAGGAAUAUAUGUCUCCUGAAGGAAGUUCGUCUGAUGCUGUUUGUUCAUCGCCAUCCAAAGUGACUGAUCAAAAGUCCAAAUGUAAAACUUGCACUGAUAAUAGCACUCAAAUCAUCACAUCAACAACACUUGGAAAGUGCCUUCAGAAAUCCAAUGACCUAUGUAAAGCAACAGUGUCUUGUGAAAGUGGAUCAAAUCAGCAGGAUGAAAUCGUCAAGGACAUCCUUCAUGUCUUGGAGGAAACGGAUGCCUACGUGCUUGAUAUUGACUUGGAUUUCUUUUCCGUUCAAAAUCCUUUUAAAGAAAUGUAUACCAAGGAGGAAUAUGAGAUUCUUAAGCAUUUAUAUAGUUUCACCAAGCCUGAAUGUGAUGAAGAUGAUGAGGAGGCUUUGGUAGAUUGUGUGGAAGCUCGGACCAGACAACUGGAAGACAUGGAAGCUGCCUUUGCAGAUCUCUGUGAUGAUGACAGUGAGGAGACAGUACAGAAAUGGGCAGGAAAGCCUGGGAUGGAGUUGCUCGCUCCGCUGGUGUGUAGUCUGAAGGAGAGGAUGGGGUCGCCUGACUAUGAGAUGAUCCAUCAAGCUGGAUUGACCUGUGAUUAUUCUGAACUGCCACACCAUGUUAGCACUGAGGAGGAGAUAAACAGUUUGAUGUUAUCUAUACAACAACUGCUUAAAGACUUGCCCAGGCCAAUCCUUGUCACUGUUGCAAGGUCCAGCUUAGAUGAUUACUGUCCUUCUGAUCAAGUAAACUCCAUUCAAGAGAAGAUGUUAAAUGUGUUGCACUCCCACUAUGGGUCUUUGGACAUCCAUUUGGAAUACUGACUGUUAGCAUCUUCACACCCCCAUCAAAAUAUCUGCUGCUGAUAUCUUCUAAUUGGUGAAGUAGAAUUUUAUUUAAUGAAUAAAUUAUAGUUUUAAAAUGAA